GGGCCGCCCCCCGCGGCUUGUCCGUCGUCCCCGGGACCGCUGCGGUCCCGCCCGGGCACGGCUGCCUGAGAGGGGUUUCCCUGCAAGGCGCUGACAGAUCCUGGACUUUUUUUUUUAAUUGGAAGAUCCUGUAUUCUGCUGAUAGAGAAACCAGAUUUGAGUUCUUCUUUUUCUCCUUCCACACUGGAAAAGCACAAUAGUGGCUCCCCAUUCACUUCAAUGACAGUUUGCUGCUAAUGGGUGUGAGUAAAUUGGAUGUCUUGUACAGAAAGCUGCUCCUCACUAAACUCUUCAUCAGAGGAUGGGGAAAGCCGGAAGACCUGAAAAGAAUAUUUGAAUUCAGAAAGAUUAUUGGAAACAGAGAAAAAUGCCAGAAGCUGGUUUCAAAAGAUUACCCAGUGUUCGUUGACAAGGUUGAGGAGCAGUCAGACUGUAAAAUCCUUGAGGGGCACUUUAUUUCCCCUUUGGCUCAUUAUGUUCCAGGUAUCCUGCCAGUCGAAUCUCUUAUAGCAAGGUUUCAGUUCAUAAUACCCAGAAGAUGGAACAGCAAACACAGACCGGUGUGUAUUCAUUUAGCAGGCACUGGAGAUCAUCACUUCUGGAGGAGACGCACAUUAAUGGCCCGUCCAAUGAUAAAAGAAGCCUGUAUGGCUUCUUUACUGCUAGAAAAUCCUUAUUAUGGCUGUAGAAAACCUAAGGAUCAAUUACGGUCAUGUUUAAAAAAUGUCUCGGACCUGUUUGUGAUGGGAGGAGCUCUUGUUCUAGAAUCGGCAGCUCUUUUGCACUGGCUAGAGAGAGAAGGCUAUGGACCACUAGGGAUGACUGGAAUAUCCAUGGGAGGACAUAUGGCUUCACUGGCAGUGACAAACUGGCCUAAACCCUUGCCCUUGAUUCCAUGUCUUUCCUGGUCAACAGCUUCUGUUGUCUUCACAACGGGUGUUUUGAGCAAGGCAGUGAACUGGAGAGAACUAGAAAAACAGUAUUUUACGCAAACUGUGUAUGAAGAAGAAAUCAUUCAAAUGCUUGAGUAUUGUGGAACAGAUUCUUUCAAGAUGGGACAAGACUUUGUUAAGAACUUCCCUGACAGUGUAGAUAGCCUGGAGGACAUAGACCUGACUUCCAGUAUGUUCAACCUUGAUUCCUCAAACAAAACUGUAUCUAAAGAAGCUGGUCACUGCUUUGCUGCAAAUAAAAGUGCCUCAUCAGAAAGACUGUUAAUACAGGAUGUUCCUAAAAUGCAAUGCAUAAAUCAAACAUUUUCAACCAGUAGCAACAGCAAUAACAAUUUAACCAGCCAACAAGGAUACAAGAUAAAUGAAAGAAGAAAGAUUGACUCUUUACAGAGAGAAUCCCUGCGGUUCAUGAAAGGAGUUAUGGAUGAAUGUACCCACGUAGCCAACUUUUCAGUUCCAGUGGACCCAAGUUUAAUCAUAGUUGUACAAGCUAAGGAGGAUGCAUAUAUUCCUCGAACUGGAGUGCGCAGUCUUCAAGAAAUCUGGCCCGGAUGUGAAAUCAGGUAUCUGGAUGGAGGUCAUGUCAGUGCCUACCUCUUCAAGCAAGGACUCUUUAGGCAAGCUAUUUAUGAUGCGUUUGACCGCUUUCUUCAGAAAUAUGCUGCUUAACAAUCUUUAUAAUGUAUUCAAACUGAUCUCAUUUGUACUUCCCUGUAUUGGAAUUUUGUGUUUGGAGAACAAGCUUCUCGCAAAGUUGAAUGGAUGGUCACUGACUUUGAAUGUUGUAGCUAACAAUUAUCAAAAAUGGUAAAGUACCAGUAUUACUUUCCUUUAAACCAAAUGAUAUUCUGACAUGCGUGCUUCAGCUUUACCUGUGAAGAAAGAAUGGCACCAUUUGUUAGUGCAUGAAUGAGUCAUGUACUUCAUAUUUAAUCAUGUUAUGUAUUACUUCAAUUCUGAAUUGCCUAUCAGUUGAAAGCAGACAAAUUUAAAUGUUGAUGGAAUGUAACAUUUGCUAUAGGGCUGCGAUGCUGUCUUGUGUUUAGUGUAUUUCUAGUUUAUUCCAGAUACCUUCGUUUUCUCUUGCUUCCUUGUCAACUUGCCGUUGUGUUUCACAACGGCUUUGCCAACGGUCAGCCUCCUGUGUUUAUCACCUAUUUGCUCUAUUAUGACUUGAAAGUGAGCUCUCGUGGAAAGGGCAGAAUCAAAUCUUGCAAAAUGAACCUUUCAAAUGGAACGAAGGGUGGGAGAAAGACGUCUAAACCCAAUGCAUGUAAAAGGUUUGUCUGCCUGCUAAAGUUUACCAUUCAAGCAGAAUCAUGUGGCUCUUCAUUUAUUGGUUUCACAGAACUGGAAGAACUGAAAAUGGAGUGUCCAGUAAUUCAUUUUUUAUGUAUAAUGAGUUGGAUAACGUAAACAUUUUAUACUAGAAUUUUUUAGAUUGCUAAAGGGAAUAAACAACUUCAUUUUUCUUCAGAAACAACAGCACAGAGUCUGGAUUCUGAGCAGUUAAAUCAGCAGCAGAAUAUAUGGUGCUAUAAGACCUGUUUGAAAUCCUUCAGCAGAGGUCCUUUCUAAAGUGCACUCAACACUGAUAUGCAACAUACAGUUUCACUGUAUGAUGUUAAAAAAACAUGUGAGACUGAGGCUUAUCAAAAUGGUUGAAAGUUUGCUCCUUACUUGUCUACAAGUCUUUUUUUUAAUUGGAUGGAAACUAAAAAUUUAGGAUUCUGAAUGCAUUUCAGAAAAUAGUCUGUUAUUUCCUCUUUUGAGCUCAAAAAUACCAAUAAAUCACAGUUGAAUAAGAGGUUGUCAUCCAUCAGCUGUGUAUGGUAGCAGUCCGUAUCCAUGUGUUUGCUUCGUAGUUUGUGGUAAUCUCCUGUAACAUUUUUUUUAAGGCAAGAUUGCAGAGAAGUUGAAAGCUGAAACACUUGAAUAUUAACACUGGUACAGCGAUGAUUGGUGUUGCACAGAAUCAGAAAAGUCCAGCAGUUUGUAAGUACAGGAUAUAUGACUAUUACAUCUUCUAAACCAAGCACUUCAUUAAUCUCCGUAGUUUUUUAAAAAUAUUUUUAAUAUGCAGAAUAUGGAGCAAAUGUAGCUCAGUUAAUAGGUUAUCUAAAAUUUUUUACUAAUCCUGUAUGCAGGAUUCACUUGAAAAUCAGAUCAGUCCAGGAAAAACUGAAAUAAUUUGUAGCGACCCAAGUUAUUUAACAUCCAAAUUUAUUGAAAAUAGAGAAGAAAUUAUAUUCUACUGGAAGGCAAAUGGCUUGUUUCAAGUGUUUUUUCAUUAUUUCUUUAGGCAGUGAUGAUUUUAUAUAUAUCGGGAGCAAAUACGAAGGUUGGCUCAGUAACAAGCGUGUUUAUUAAAAUACUGAAUGUUGGAAGGUUUGAAAUCCAGUACAUGUAAGUUUACAAUUUUUAAAUUAAAGGCUUGAAUACUAUACUAAAACUUUUACAGGUUUUUGCCUUGCUGCAAACUCAUCACUAAGGACGUUGUACAAGAGUAUUGUCUGCUGUUCACCAACUUUUUUAUGUCUGUGUGGAUGGCCACACUUGAAACGUAUUUGCGUGCACAAUAGUAGGAAUUACAGAACUGAUAAAAUUACAGAACUUGACAUCCUGAGGCUAGUGUUCUAAGUGUGUUACUAAAAGGUUUAACUUGCCAAGAGUAUGUUAUUUGUAUUUAUACUAAUAUAACUCCUGUUUGUGAGAAGGCCUUUUGGGAUAACUAGUAAAGGACCGGCUUCUAACAAGAAUGAGAAAUCGCACUCUGCUAUGCAACUAAAAUAACGUUGCCAAAUACAAGAGCCCACUAAGAAGCAUUUAAGAAAUUUCUGAAAUCAGAAUUUAAAGAAAAAAAAAAAAAAGUGGUUUGUCUGCCAGUUACCAUACGCAGGAAGGUGUUAGCUGGUUUGUGAAGACUAGGGGGAGUCUUGCUGUUUAAAUGUUUUAACCUUUGGAAAAUUGAUUUUUAACUAGAUUUUAUGGUUAAAACCUAAUAGAGCAUUAUUAAUAAUCCAUUGUAAUGUUAAAUUAGAAUAUAAUUUUGAAUGAAACGAUUGCAUGAGAAAAAUGCUGGAAUAAGGUUUCUGCACUAAAUCCAAAUAGCUGGUAAGCCAUCCUCUAUGUCUUAAAUGUAUUGUAAAACUGCCAUCAUUUUCUGGUUUUUAUGUUUUUCAAUAAAAAUCCUACAAAACA